GAGUACCUGUCUCUGCUCCGCGCAAUGAAUGAUCACAUGGAGCAAUACUGGAAGGAUAUUAAUCUGGCCGGUAGCGACGGCCCCAGUGGCAUAAAGUCGUUCUGGAAGAAUUUUGGUUACGAAAAUUCGGAUUGGAGUUCGGAAUGCACAAAUCUGGCUGAACAUCGAAAGAAGCGCUUCCUCAGGAUUGGGCAUACUAUACAAUGCGACAAAUGCUUGAAAUGGCGUCAUGUUGAGUAUCAUGCCCCGUAUGAAAUCAAUGGAAUCCCAGAAAAAUGGUGCUGUGACGACCAUCCCAACAGUAUGUUUCGAGGGUGUUCAAGGCCAGAAGAAAUACCCAAGGGCCGAGGUAUGGAUCGCAAACCCGACAUUCCUAAUCGUAGCACUCCAUCAGCCGCCGCCGCGAACGGUAGUGGUUUAGCUCGGCGGCCAGUCACUUCAGUAUCCACGCCGGCACCAACGCAGAAAAUCAAGGAGGUCCAACGUCGGAAAGAACCUUCUCCGGUUCCAUCAAGGCCGCUGAAGCGUUCAUCUCGUGUCGCGCAACGUAGAGAAGAAUUAACUAGUGAGUCGGAAUCCAGCCCAGAAAGGCCUCCGCGGAAGGUGGCAACUAAGGCGGUCAUUCCUCCCAACAAGUCGUCCGAACGUGUUAGUGCUGUUGGUCGGCCACCCACAAAACGUGCCGCAGCUGCUAUUAGCACUUCCAAGAAUCGUCGCGUCAUUUCAAGCGAGGACGAAAGCGAUGAGGAAGAACCAAUUACUGUACCGGAUUUGCCGAAAAAACCGAAAACGAAAGCAGACUUAAGGCGUCAGUAUGAGGAAAAUGAGAAGCUGAAUGAGAAAAAAGCCGUCGUAGCGGAAGUGAAAGCUCCUCCUCCAACGGUGACUAGAGAUGUAAGACAGGCUGCAUCUUCGUCUACUGCACAACCAUCUACUGCUACCCCUGCAAAACCAUCUACUUCUUUCACGAAACCGGCAACCUCCGUGUCAACACCACCUGCAGCGCCACUUUCAAAUGGAACUGUCGGGAAAGGUUCCAUCGACAAAGAAGCGUUUGAUCGAGAAAAGGAUCGAGCCGAUAGAGCUGUCGGCCAAACGCGCAAAUUACUGAAUUUCUUCUUAAAGCAGGGGGUGUCAUACGCUGAUCGAUUUCGACGAAUGGGUGAGGAUGAGCUGCUUGAACAAGACAUGGAGCAGUUUGGCAGGAACUUAUGGGAAGAACAUGUGUUAAAGGUUUGCCGUGAGCAGAUGAACUGCGAAUGCUUCGUCGAAGCGACAAAGAGCAAAUGCGAAAGUUUUGAAUUCCAGCCUGACGACGUGGUGACGUAUGAGAAUUGCUUCCAAAUGAAGGACAAACUCCUUGGUAUGCUGAACGCGGAUCCAGAAGAAAGUGAGGAAUCCUCACAACAGUCAGAGGUGUUUGCACCGGAAUCUCCUCGUGCUGAUUCUUUGACGGUGAGGGCGCUAGAAGCCUUAGCUAUUACCUUAAUCACCACCGUCGUGUGGCUUGGUAAAUGUGGUCCUCUCGUUUCCGGCUAUAAGCGAUUGGAACGCCUUUACCAUGAGACACGUUUCAUGAAGACCAAAGUGCUGCAUGAAGUGCAGAUCUCAUCUUACUUAUGUAGCUCGGUGCUGUCUGUGCUGAUGUCAUCAGCAUGA